AUGUCCUUUGUGUCUCACUACGUUCCUCACUCCGACGUCACCAAGGAGCACUACGAGCAGCUCCUCCUUGAAAUCCGCCGUUGCCUCCCACCUGGGGUUUACGACGACCUCGAGGAAAUCGCCGAGGAGGUGCUGGCUAUCAUUUGCGUGCGUGGGGGAGGCGGGGGCCCUAGCGCUGCCGCCGAUACCCACCAUCAGCAGGAAAGCCUCGAGCGAUUGCUGGGCGGGCCCAUCCGCCGUGGGACCUUUGACGCCUUUCUACGUUUUGGAAGGCUCAUCACGGAUUACGUCGCGGCCGACGCGACGGCGCCUGGCGGUAUCGCGAACGAGGAGGCAGAGAACGGCGUAGGGAAAGGUGGUGGGAUCGGGGGCGUAACUGACAACCUGGUCUUCGACGCCGAGGGUCCCACAAGCUCUACCGAUGAGGACGACUCCGAAGAGGAUGAGAUAGCAUUGCUUACGGGGAUGCCACGGCGCCGCCGCCAGGAACAAAAGGCUAAGAAGAAGGCUCUUAAAGCGGAUAAAACUCUAUCACAGUUUGCUUUUAAUGAGACGGCUCCUGGUGAAGAGGAUAAUGGCGGUGCUUUCCCGUUCGACCCCAUCCACGAGGAGGAGAGCGUGGAGGGGGAGGUUGGGGGUUUCGAAACACCGAAAAUCUCCUUUGAUGAGGUUGCAUGCAACCCGCAGUACGUCAAGAAUACUCUGCGACGACUCUUCCCGGCUCAAGAUCUGGAAGAAUGUGAGGCUCAGGCCAAUCGUGUCGUGGCGUACCUUUCCGAGAAGUCUGUAGAUGAUUACGAGCUGGAAACCCGGUUAACUGCUUUUUUGGGUGGCUACGACGACGACAUGGUGCAGAGCUGGAUUGGUGAUCUGCGCAGCUCACGGUGGUGCAUUGUGUAUGGGUUGCGCUACGCGGCAUGUGGAAAUCAGAAAAAGAAGGAGGCAGUCAUGGAGGACAUGUCUGAGCACGCCCUGCAAGACCCGGCCGUCGAGCAUCUGUACGAAAGCAUCACUGGUAAGGAGGUUGAUUUUGUUCGUGGCCACAAACUCUCCCGGACUGACGGCGGGGAGCUUGGCGGCGAUGGAGAAGCAGGGGAUGGGAUUGGUGGAUCCGCAGCGGCGCGUCGGCAGCCACCUCUUCGAAAAGUUGACCUGCAGGCGGCCUCCUUCAGCGACGAACACACGCCCCAUCGCCAUACGCGGAUUACGGUUCCACAUGGGACCCAACGAAUUGUGUACGAGACUCAUGAUGAGCUCGUUCUCCCUCCGACUGCCUCUCACAACCGCCGAGGGGAGGCCGAGGAGACUUUGGUCCCCCUGUCCGCCUUCCCCACAUGGUGCCAUGACGCCUUCCGCGGGGUCCCUCAUCUCAACCCAAUGCAGUCUCGCGUUUUUGAGUGCGCCUUUCACUCGGAUGAAAAUAUGCUUAUUUGCGCCCCGACUGGCGCGGGUAAGACGAACGUAGCGAUGAUGGCGAUGCUCCGCCUGAUUCAGCGAUGCCUGCACGGGGUGGAGGGGGACGGGCGGGUCGGUCUGCGUGAGCUUAAAAUGGUUUAUGUGGCCCCGAUGAAAGCGCUGGUGCAGGAGGUCGUGCGGACCUUCUCGGAGCGGCUGGGCCCGCUCGGGAUCACCGUCGCGGAGCUCUCCGGCGAUGCCGCGAUGACGCAGCGGCAGAUGGCCGAGGUCCAGCUCAUCGUGUCCACCCCUGAGAAGUGGGAUAUCGUCACGCGGAAAUCCGUCGACCUCGGCGUCGCCUCGCUACUCAAGUUGAUCAUCCUGGACGAGGUGCACCUUUUGCAUAAUGAGCGCGGCCCCGUCCUCGAGGCGAUCGUCGCGCGUACAAUUUUACAACAGCAGCUGCGCGGGUCUGCGGGGAUCAGGCUCGUCGGGCUCAGCGCGACGCUGCCCAAUUACCACGACGUUGCGGCCUUCCUGCAGGUAGAUCGUCAGCGCGGGCUGUUUAACUUCGACAGCAGCUAUCGACCCAUCCCACUUCAGCAAUCCUUUUGCGCGACGAGGCGGCUGCGGGGCACGAACCACGCCAUUGUGAUGAAUCGCAUUGUUUACGACAAGGUCUUGCAGGCGGCGCAGGAGAACGAGCAGGUGAUGAUCUUUGUGCACUCUCGUCGGGAGACCGAGCACACCGCGAUGUACCUCAAGCAGCACGCCCAAGAGGAGCGGCACCAACACUUUUUUCAUCGCCCGGGAAGUGCGGCCGAACUGGCGCUCAAGGAGGCGGCCGAUGCCACCUACCACGUCCUACGGCAAAGCAUUCGGCAACUUCUGCCCCAUGGCUUUGCGAUCCACCAUGCCGGUCUCAGCCGCGAUGAGCGCCAGGUCACGGAGGAGCUUUUCGCGGAACGACAUAUCAAGGUAUUGGUUUGCACCUCCACUUUGGCGUGGGGGGUGAACUUACCCGCCAACCGCGUGAUCAUCAAGGGCACCCGCGUCUUCAACGCGUCCAAGGGCGAGUCGGAGCGGCUGAGUGCGUUGGACGUCUUGCAGAUGUUUGGCCGAGCGGGGCGCGUGGGAUUUGGGGCGACUGUAGGCCAUGCCACCAUCAUCACCUCACCGGAGGAUCUCUCGUAUUAUCUGGGCUUGAUUAACCAACAGCUUCCUGUGGAGUCGCAGAUGAUGAAGCGUGUGGUGGAUAUGCUAAACGCUGAGAUCGCGUUAGGUCAUGUGGAGAACACCAAGGAGGGGGUGCGGUGGCUUCAGCGGAGCUAUUUGUAUGUGCGGAUGCUUAAUGCACCCGAACUCUACAGUGUUCGACCUAAUCCCAGCGAUCCGUUGCUUACCCUUCAUCUUGAAAACAUCAUCCACACCGCAUGUGAGGAGCUCAAGGUGGCGCAUAUGGUGGAUUAUGAUAAAACAACCCGAAAGGUGGGUUCCACGUCUUACGGCCGCAUCGCCUCUCACUGCUACGUUACAACCGCGUCUAUGAAUGCGUACCUGUCGAACCUGAGCAAUGCCAUGCAGGAUACCGAUCUAUUUCGUGUCUUUUCACUUUCUAGCGAAUUCGCAGGCUUGACGGUGCGCGCGGAGGAGCAGGCGCAGCUCAAAGAGCUCCUGGAAAGCGUCCCCAUCGCGGUGCGAGAAUCACGCUAUAGUCCAUACGCCAAAAUCAACGCCCUGCUGCAGUGUUAUAUCAGCCGAAAGACGCUUGACGGCUUGCCGCUCAUGAGUGAGAUGGUCUACGUGCGGGAUUCCGCACAGCGUAUUCUUCGGGCGUUGUAUGAAAUCUCGUUGGUGCGUGAGUUUGGUCGAACCGCACGUCAGUUUCUUCAGCUUUACGGGAUGGUACUUCAUCAGCAAUGGCAUGUGGAGUCGCCGGCGCGUCAGAUAGCCUGCAGCGGAUCUGGUGUAAAGAGUAUGGAGACGCUUCUGCCCAUCCUAGAACGUUUUAGAGUUCCAUGGGAGGAGCUUCGGCGGUGGUCCCUGGAGGACCUUGUGGAUAAGCUAGGGGAUGAACGGCGCGCGGCGAUGGUGCAUACCUGCAUCGCCCAGGUCCCUCACUUCACGAUGGAGGUCGCGGUGCGGCCCCUCACGCGCAGCAUGCUCUACGUCGAUGUCGACUUCACACCUGAUUAUGUGUACAAUGAGGCCUUACAUGGUCAAAGUGUUAGCGAUUUGCUUUUGACGAUUGAACACACGAAUGGCCGGGUUCUGCAUCACGAGCCGCUUCGUCUGCCGCUUGUUUACCACCGCAAUAAUGAGGUGUAUGCGGUGCCGCCAAUUGUGGUGCCGAUGGUGGAACCUCGGCCGACUUAUUUGUUUGUGCACUCCAUCUGCCCGCAGUGGCUUGGGUCUGAGGCGAUGGUGGCAGUGUGUUUGUUAAAUAUGCAGCUCCCUGCCGUGGCGCCCGCCUUGCGGGAAGUCGGAAAUCAGCCACCUUCUGUUGACGACGCUAACGAGUUGGACGUCCGGAACGUGUUGGAGCCCUACAAACUAGGGGAUGUCGGGGAUCAAAUUUUUCCCUUCACGACGUUCUAUUCGAGCCAGCGGGAUAUGGUCGGGUCGAUUUUUGAUAAUGAUCAGGAUAACAUCUUUGCUGGCAUGCCCCCUGGUGGGGGCAAAACGGUGAUAGCGGAGCUUUUCAUCCUCAGCUUUCUUCUCGAUGGUGCCUUACAUCCUGAGGAGGAUUCCACACUAAAACCUAAUAGUGGAACUGAUGAUGGACAAGCCACCGUGCCGGAUCCGGCCAACGGGUUUGCGCGAUCCUCACGAGUGCAGCGGAAGGUGCUGUAUAUCACCACUCAUAAAGAUACAGCCGUACGCCAUUAUAUGGACUGGCGCUAUAAAUUCGGGGAGCUGCUCCAGCAGCGGGUGGUUUUGCUUGACGACGAACGGGUUGACGGAAACGACUUCGCAACGUCGACGGAAAUCGAAAAGGCGUCGAUCGUCAUCGCGACUGGCGCCGGCCUCAUUUCCCACGUCCGCGCCGGUGCGGCGUGGCUUUCCGGCGUCGUGCACCUCAUCGCCGACCACCUGCACCUUCUGCGCGCCGCGGAAGGUCGUUUUAGCGAGGAAUGCCUUGCGCGGCUUCAAUCCGGACCUUUUCUCGUCCACCACGGCAUUCGUCGAGCGCGGCUGCUCGCGCUUUCGUAUUCACUUAUUAGCAGCCUGGAGGUAGGGCGAUGGCUGCGGGUACCCACCGCGCAGCAGUUUAACUUCGGGAGGAGCUACCGCCAGCUUCGCGUGGAGAUGGAGGGGCUGGAGCAGGGCAGCGCGCGCGCGCGGUACGAGGCCGGGGUGGUCGCCGCGUUGAAAGUUCUCCAGCGCAUGCCCUACGUCGGCGCGCCUUGCGUGGUAUUCGUCCCGCACGCCCACCACGCCGAGGCGGUCGCGCGGCGGGUACUUUUGCGAUGCCGCGAUUUCAUCGCCCGCGAUGGGGUGGACGGGGUGGGGGAUUCACGCCUGGGGAGGUUGUUGGCGGCCGGCGUCGCGUAUCUUCACCGGGGCACCACUACGCUCGAUCUUCUCACGAUUCUCGAGCAGGUGGAUCAGGGGUCGGCGAGGCAUCCGGAUACGCAGCAGUAUUUGCCGCUGAUUUUGGUAUGCACCUUCGAUGCGGCCUGGCGUCUGCCCGCCGCGGGCUUUUCGAAUGCCAUCGUGUGCAGCGCGGAAAGGGUGAUUACGCAGUCGGAUGACGCUGCCGAAGACGGCAGCGGACUUUCAAUCAUCGACUACGCCGAUCUUAGCGUGUCGGAGCUGCUUCAGAUGACUUCCCGCGCAUCCAACAGCGCCAUCGUUUUCGGCCGCACUUCUCGGCGAUGGGUUUGGGCGCAUUUACUCAACGGCCCGCUUCCGCUCGAAUCGAGUUUGCGCUACCCGGGCGAUUUCAGCGAUGCCGUCAACGCGGCGGUCGCCCAGGGUCGGGUGAGGAGCCAUGCGGACGUCCUGCGCGUCCUACAAAGCCAUUAUUUUCUCUACCACCUCAAGUCUAAUCCGCAUUUCUACUCCGUCCCCUCCGUCGAGGAUCUUCCGCUUUUCGCUUCGGAUCUGGCGGAUCGCAUUGUGCAAGGGCUACAGGAGCAGGGCUGCGUGAGGGUCGAGGAGCUUCACGCCGCGGACGAUUCCACCUCUGCGGCGGCGGUUCUGCACCCCACCCCACGAGGGAUCGCGUUCGCCCACCAUUGUAUUACCAUCCAUUCCAUGCAAGCGGUGUUGGAGGGCUUGGAAGGGUCGGACGGGGGAAAAUCGCGCUCGGCCCUAACGCUGGCGGAUCUUUUGAAGACGAUAAUCGAGCAUUGUGAGGAGGUCAGCGUCGCGCGGCUCGGGGAUGCGGUGAGGAUCACCGAGGCCGCUGAGCUUCGCGCUCUCCACACCCUUGCCCGCGCCAUUCCCACCCAUUUCCACAUACGCUAUAUCGACCUCGACUUCACCAGCCCCUCCAUCAAGGUGUUUUUGCUGAGUUUGGUGCACUGCGCUCGAUUUUUCGCUCACCCUGCGCGGCGCUCUGGCGAGGUGGAGGAUCUUGUCGCUCAUCCCUUUGGCGGCGCUCUGGCCGCCGCGACCGCGGAGGACCUCCUUUUGCUUCGCCAGAUCGACCCCCUUAUCGCCGCUCGCCUGGAGGAGGACCUUUAUGUGGUUUUACCUUCCGUUUUACGGGUUUUGGCGGGAUUUGUGGAGCUGUUGGAUGGGCGCCGGCAUGCCGGACACGUGGCCUCGUUGAUGCUGCUUCAUCAAUGCCUCCAGCGGAGGGUCUGGGCGGGUGAGGAGGCGUUAUGGCAGCUCCCAACGGUCCAGCGCGUUGGGCUCGGGGCUUUAUUAUCCCCCACCCCCACUUCCUCGUCAAAGGAUCGGGAUAAGAUAGGGGGGGCUUCCCUCGUGGAGCUCCAGAUGAAGCUCCUGGGCUCGUCUUCGGAUUUUACCCCGGCGGCGGGGGAUGAAAAGCAUGCCGCGCUCGCCCUCGCGAUGGUGGCUGAGGCCCAUGAAAUCGCGCGGAUCGAGUCGUUUAGCGCGCGGGGAGGGGUGGAGGAAGUGCCAGGCCUUGGCCUCGCGGCGGUAGUAGAGGUUUGCGCGUUUGUUUGGUGGUUGGAGGAGGGCGCCUCGAGCUCCGGUCCAUCUCCGUCAAUUGAUAACCGCGGUGCGGACGAUCAAAACCACCCAACGGACGUCAACGACGACCACACGAAGGAAGGGGGGAACUCUUUUUCGUCUUCCGCGAUGGCGCAGCGGUGGUGGCUUUCCUGCUCCGCCAGGCGAAAGCAAAGUUCGGAUUCAGCGCCUGAUGGGGUGGGUUCGUCUCGUGAGGAGCAUUUGCUCGCACUGCGCGUAUCGAGUCUUACCGCUUCCGCGCAUGCCGUGAGUUCUAGUCUUUCCUUUUCGCAAGCGCCGACUGGAAACUUCGAUCCUAGGAUAUUCGAGCUGCGCGGUAAGUUAUUCUUUCCUCUCACUCUGCUGGAGGCCGAAGGGGACUUGGAUGCAAUUGAUCUUGUUGCCCGAUGCACGAGCAUGUCGUACUACAACGUGAAGGCAGAGACGGUGGUGUUGUUUGAUGAUGCAGAGUAG